AUGCCCUUGACUCGAACGCAAGCUGCUCAGGAAGAAACAAACGGCAAUGCAGAAGAACAACAGCACAAAGAACAACAGUAUAAAGAACCGGAGCUCGAACAAGUUCGCUCGCCGUUCGAAACUGCAGAGUUGUUGACUACAGUACAAGAUUACAAGAACAACGAGACCUUUUAA